CAAUUCCGGCCGAUUUGUGAACGACUUUGACAAUCCAAUAACCUCAAAACUACUCAAAACGCAACAGCAAGCCGUCUUUUCAUGCACUUCGUAGUUAAUUAUCGUUAAAAUCUGUUAAAAUGUUUAAAAAAUUUGAUGAAAAGGAGUCGGUUUCAAGCAUGCUGCAGCUGAAAUCCUCAGUGCAGAAAGGGAUACGAGCUAAAAUUUUAGAACAUUAUGAACAUUUGGAGAACUAUAUAGAUGCUAUUUUACCUAAGAAGGAUAAUCUUAGAAUUCUUAAAUGUCAUGACCACAUUGAAAUUAUUGUUAACAAUGCUGGUGAGUUGAUGUUCUUCAGGCAUAGAGAGGGACCAUGGAUGCCUACACUUAAAUUAUUACACAAAUAUCCAUUCUUUUUGCCAAUGCAACAAGUAGAUAAAGGUGCCAUACGUUUUGUAUUGAGUGGAGCACACAUAAUGUGUCCAGGUUUAACAUCACCAGGAGCAAAGAUGACUGAAGUGCCUAAAGGAACUGUAGUUGCAAUUAUGGCUGAAGGAAAGGAACAUGCACUGGCAAUUGGUAUUACAUCUCUAUCAACUGAGGAUAUCGCAAAGGUCAACAAAGGAAUCGGAAUCGAAAACUGCCAUUACUUGAACGACGGCUUAUGGCAAAUGAAACCAGUGAAGUAAGAUAACCAACUCGGACGACAACGCACGGUGAUAUUUUUUAUUCAAAUCAAUAAUAAAAAUAAAAAGUAUUCGAUCAGUUAUUAUAAAUAAAAACGGAUAAUUUA